AUGUUACGUCGUAAGUUGAAGACGUUGAAUGAUUUGAAGAGGAAAAUAAUGGGCGAAUUGAAAUUGAAUCCUGCUUGGUAUGACAUCAAGAUUAUUUAUCGUUACCCACAAGAAGUCCUUCAUGAACGGAUAAAUUAUGGGUAUAUGGCGAUCAAAGAAGAUAAACAUGUAAAGAUGAUGUUUAAUAGGAUCCAGAAAAUGCCCCAAGUAAAUGCUGCUGAGUUGUAUGUAAGUUUGGAGGCGCCUGCAGAUAACACUACUGAGGUGGUGCAAGAAACAACUACGGCUUUACAAUUUACAGCCCUAGAUGAUGGAUGCACUACAAUGGGAGGGUAUACGAUGGGAGGGUAUACUACACAAGAAACAACGAUGGGAGGUUAUACGCUCCCAUCUCAAGAUCAUGUUGCUAAUACUAGUGAAACCCUCUAUCGUGAAGAGACACAUUUAGAGGAGGAAGACGAAGACGAAGAUCAUGUUGCGAAUGAUGGUGAAAAUGUUGAGGUUGUGGAUGAGUACGAAGAGAGGAUUGAGCAAGGCGACUUUGAGAACGAUGUGGAUGAACAUGAAGUCGUUCCCAAUUUUGAAGAGGAAAAUAUGGAGGACCAUGAUGAAGGUGAUGCAAAUGAUGAUAUUGGUGUCCAGUAUAAUAGAAAUACGACCACUGGCUACAGACCUCCUGCUGAGUCAUUCUACUCAAAUACUUGGGAAGAUAUGGUUGAUCCUUCACGUCUUCAGAUACCAUUUGUCUCUACUUGGGAAGAUGGGAUGCAUUUUUCUAAAGGGUUGACUUUUGCAAAUAAAGAUGCGGUGAAGCAUGCAUUGAUAAUAUACGCAGCAAAGGAUAAUAGAAAUUUUAUAAUCCGGAGGUCGACCAAAUCGAAAUUGUGCGCCGCAUGUGUUGAUGACAACUGCAUGUGGUAUGUUGGGGCAUACAUGAAGACUAAAUUCAAUGGUAUGUGGAUGGUUACGUCUUAUGUGGGUCCACACACUUGUAUACCCUUUGGCCUAAAAAGAGAUGGUAGAAUGAUGGAUUCGCAUUUUGUUGCAUCAGAAAUUGUGGGAAAAUUGCAAAAAAAUCACACUACACGUAUUGAUGACCUAUGGGAGAUCAUACGUACUAAGUAUAAUCAUGAGCUUUCUUACUAUAAAGUAUGGGACGCAAAACAAAAGGCAAUUGCUAAGAUAUUUGGGGAUUGGGAGGAGUCUUACCAAAAGUUGCGAAAGUUGUUGUUGGCAUACUUGGAUGAGGACUCAGGUACCCAGUACAGCUAUCACACCAUACCUAGGCCACACGAAGGUACUGCGUUACUACGCUAUGUAUAUUGGGCAUUCGCUCCAUGCAUUGCUGCAUUCCAAUAUUGCAGGCCAGUGAUUAGUAUUGACGGGACUCAUCUGUAUGGUAAAUACAAAGGGGUAUUGAUGAUUGCAAUGGCAACCGAUGCUAACUAA